GACGUGCUCGUUGCGCACUUGGCGCCGACGAUUGCACGAUUUUAUCAAUCGAUACAGUAUAUUUAUAUAUAUAUACACAUCCUACUGAUCUCACGCAUAUAAUAAUAAUAAUAAUUAUUACCCAAGGCAAAAAAAAAGGAGAAAUAUAUACUUAGCACCAAGUGGGUGUUUUUUUCGGAGAAGAAAAACGAGAUAGUGUGUUUUUUUUCUUUUUUUCUUCGUUGUUCAGUUCCUUCGUUGCUGUUGCUGGUUUUUUUUUGUUUUUUUGUUUUUCUUUCUUUUCUUUUUUUUCCAUCACCCAGUGAUUGUUGGUGUUGUUGUUUCCGCUGUUGCUGCUGUAAAAAAGAAACCAAUUGUUUGUUUGUUUUUUUUUUGUGCGGGUGCAGUUGACGAUUCUUUUUUUGAUAUUAUUUCACAGUAAAAAGCAAAAGCCCUUUGGCAGUCGGGCGCAAGAAACGUUAUAGGGAGCCCCAAGUGGUGCCACCGCUGGAAGAAAGGGGCGCCAGAGGGCGACACCUCCGCGCCACCGCUCUCUCCUUGAACCGUCGUCGUCAUCGUCCCCGUCCUAUACAUAUAUAUAUACAUACACCCACGUUUCGCAUACGCGCGGCGGAGCUCGAGUGAAAAGCUCCCGUCUUGUCAUUGUUGGGUUGUUUUGUUUUCCAUCAACUCGAGGCCCCCGAGGAGGAGAAGGAGGGACGCAACACUCUAGACCCACUAUUGCACGCAACAGCCGCACGGCCGUCACGAUGGGGCUAAGGGCGCUGCUGUUGCUCGUCGCUGCCCUCGGCGCCUCGGAAAUCCAGGCUGUCUCCGAGAGACUCGAGCUGGCACCCGCGGGCGGCAGAUCCGAGCCACAGGUGGCAACACUCUGCGAGCCCGGCGACGCCUAUCUAGCCCAGCACAUGGGAGAGCAAGGCCGAUGGAUAUCGUCGGGCGACACAAAAAGCUGCAUGACCGACAAGCUGGAAAUUCUGCAGUACUGCAAAAAGGCUUACCCGAAGCGAGACAUCACCAACAUCGUCGAGUCCUCGCACUACGUGCGAGUGAACGGCUGGUGCAAGCCCGGCAAGAGCAAGUGCAAGCUCUCGAGAUGGGUCAAGCCCUACAGAUGCCUAGAGGGUCCGUUCCAGAGCGAUGCCCUACUGGUGCCCGAGGGCUGUCUGUUCGACCACCUGCACAAUCAAACCAAAUGCUGGGAGUCAUACAGAUGGAACUCAACGGCGGCCGACACCUGCCGCGAGCGCAACAUGAACUUGCGUAGCUUCGCGAUGCUCCUGCCGUGUGGCAUCUCCCUAUUCGCCGGCGUCGAGUUCGUCUGUUGCCCGAAACAUUUGAAAGAAAACAUGAAGCUGAAGAAGCACUUUGAGAUGCACGUACCCAAGGGGGUCGAGGACGAUUUCGAGGAGGAGGAGGAGGAGGAAGAGGAGGAGGACGCUGCCGUGGCCGACGAGGCGGAUCAGGACGACGAGGCGGAGGAUGACUCGGACUCGUAUGAAAAUCUGGACGAUGUGCUUGGCGACCAGCUCGACGACGACGAGAGCAACGAGGAGUACUUUGAGGACUACGACGGUACCGCGAGGCCUCCGUCGUCGGUGACAACUUCGACGAGUACUACGACCACCAGCACAACCACUACGACCACCACGAGCACCACCACCGCGGCACCCGAAAAGAUAAAGGAACUGCCGAGCACUAAUAGCAAUGCAGUCGGUGGUGGUGGAAGCAGCAGCACCCCUACGAGCACCUCUGGCUCUCAACAGCAGCUGCCGGGAGCCGUGUUCGUGCCACACGGUACGUCAGAUCCCUACUUGACCCACUUCGACCCGCGUUCGGAGCACCAGAGCUACAAACAGGCGCAAAUGAGGCUCGAGGAGAUACACAAGGAGGAAGUUACAAAGGUAAUGAAGGACUGGAGCGACCUGGAGGAACGCUAUCAGGACAUUCGUGCCCGUGAUCCCGUGGCAGCGGACGCCUUCAAGCGCUGGAUGACGGUGCGCUUCCAACAGACCGUCGCGGCUCUCGAGGCUAGCGGCGCCGCUGAGAAGCACCACCUCAGCGCCAUGCACCAGCAGCGGGUCCAGGAAACCGUCAAGCAGAGAAACGAGGAGGCUAUGACCUGCUACACGGCAGCGCUGAACGAGAUUCCACCUAAUGAGCACCGUAUCCAAAAGUGCCUGCAAAAGCUGCUGCGAGCACUUCACAAGGACCGACACCACACUAUCGCUCACUACAAGCAUCUGCUGGACAGUAGCCUCGAGCAGGCGCAGCGCGAGAAGUCGGCCACCCUCGAGCACUUGGCCGACAUCGACCGCAUAACGAAUCAGAGCCUCCUGAUGCUUGAACGUUACCCGGAGCUGAGCAGCAAAAUCGGUAAGCUGAUGGACGAUUACGUGCUGGCGUUGCGCAGCAAGGACGAGACGCCGGGUUUGCUGUUGGCGAUGACGCGCGAGGCCGAGGCAGCCAUUCUGGACAAGUUCCAGGCCGACGUCGCCAGCAAGCAGCAAGAAAAAGAGCAUCAAAAGCAACUGGAGCGCGAGCGCAAGGAGCAGCGCAAGGCCGAGCGGGGCGAGUUGAGGAGCGAGCAGGAGCAGCUCAAGACCGGGGAUGAGCAGCAGGCGACGUCCUCGGCCUCGUUGGUCCAGGUCGAGAAGAAGGACUCGGCUGCCGUGGCCGCGGCAUCCCUCGCCGCCAAACAGAAGAAGGAGCAGGAACAAAAGCACGAGCAGCACGAACAGUUGCAGCAGCAGCAACCCGUGGUCGCUGCAUCCACGGCCCUCAAGCACAACGAGGCGCUCAUACAGGCCUCGCACAGGAUGGCCCACGACGUCUCGCACUCGGAGCCGAGCUACUCGGUAAGGCGGGAGGUGUAUCGCAAGGAGAACCGAUCGGUCUACUUCACGCUUGCGUUCGCCGGCGUCGCCCUCAUGACAGCCACGAUAAUCGGCGUCGCUAUGUUCAAGCGAUACUCCAGCUCACGGAGUCCCCACAGCCAGGGCUUCAUGGAGGUGGACCAGGCAGCGACACCUGAGGAACGACACGUGGCCAACAUGCAGGUCAACGGCUACGAGAACCCCACCUACAAGUACUUCGAGGUCAAGGAAUAGAGAGAGUGCGAAGAGGAGCAGUAAGGGGCGAAAGGGGGGAGGGGCGGCGUUUCCUGAUGCGACAGCCCACACGUAUACCUAUACACAUUGUAACAAUAACAUAGCGCAACCGCACAUCAUACUCGGGAUGAUGGGAGUAUAACAGCAAACAAAAAACAAAACAAUAGUAUACCGCAUUGAUUUCCCCCCCCCCCCCCCACCGUUUAUCAAUUAUUUCCCACUGUGGCAUUGCAAAAAAACGCGCUCCGUUGUAAUAUUCUUUGCUGUCCUCGAUGCCUCGUUCCUCUUCAUUUUUCCUUUCGAGACUCUCUCUCUCUCUCUCUCUUGCUAAUUAAAAGUUCGUUUGUUCGUUUGCCGGGGAAAUACCGCCCUGUGGACGAGCUCUCGUGAAAUCGAUCCUCCGUAUACCCGCCACGGCAGGAACAUGUUUUUCUUAUCCGUUACUUUUUUUUCCGGGGCAAAAACGAUAAGAGUAUAAAAAUAUUAUGUAUAAAAAGCAAGAAAAAAACAGAGUAAGGAGUGCGCACGAAAGGAUCGAUGAAAACGAAAAAGAGAGUAAGUACGGGACCAAAGUAACGAGUCCUUUGGCUCGUGUAGUUGUGUCCUGCGAGAGAAACACGUACACCGAAGAAAAGUUUGAGCGAAAGGCGGAGGGAGAGGGUGUGAGUUUUUUUUUUUUUUUAUAUAUUUGUGGGGAUCGCGAAGGGGCGCCGAACAAAUAAAAGUCUCGUUAGGAGGGAAACUCGGUAAUUUUCCGCUCGCUCAUCGAUGUAGGGAACGAGUGCAGGUUUUUUUUUUUUUUUUUUUUUUCCGCCAUUGAGUAUACGAUACAAAAUAAAGGCCGGAAAAGAGGAAGAACCACGAGGACAAGAGUCGUUCCUUGGACUGACGUGAGUAAUUUAAUCAUUACGCUGAUUGUUUUUUUUUUUUUUUCAUCUUUUUUUUGCAGCUAACAUUGUAAUGACAACCCAAAACAAAUUUUUCGGAGGGCUAAAGUCAGCUUGUUUUUCUUUUUGAUGGUCACACGUAAUAUUUAAUAAAGUUCAAACGCUGAAUAACAAGUUGUGGAGAAACUAAAAAAAUACACGCGCCAAUGAAAGCUUAUAUUGUUUCUUCUUGUUCUCGAAUUACCGAAGAAAUAAAAAAACAGUAUAGCCGAACGAUCGAGUUGUUGGGAUGAUGAAACAAACACAAAUUAUACCUAUUUUAAAAAAUGGGGCACUUUAAACAUCUCUCUGACGUGCCGUUCCUUUGAUUAUUGCUCGUUUGUAUCGAUGUGUAAUUUUUUAUUUAUAUCUUGAAAUUUGCAUGUAUGAUCUAUGUAAACACAGGUAACGUGGGUAAAUGGACGACGCGCUCGUAGAAAAAAAAAAAAACAGUUACGAAACAAUAAGAUCUUAGAUCCCAUGACGGAUCUCGCGUGUCGAUGGGAUGAAGACGAAAAUUGGCUUCGCUGCGAUUUGGGGGUGUAAAAAAACAGAAAUAAAUAAAAAAUUGUUGCCGCGCGGUCCAAAAAAGAUAUAAUCCGAUCCGUGAAAAGCUUUGGUCGUCGAACAGAAGCAUCAGUAGUUUGUACCCCUACCUUGAAAUUUUUUUUUCAAAUUAUACAAGUACAACACAUAUGAUGUACGUGAACAACUACUGCAAUCGGUUCAACGCGAAAUCGCGAGUAACAAAAGUUAGCUUGGUCGACACGAUUUUCUUUUGUGGCUAUAAUUUUUUAGAUGACGGACGAUAAAUUAUUUUCAACCAAUACCAUGUAGCUUGAGAAUUCAAUACUGUCCAAAAAAAAUGGGGAAAUCUUUUUUUCGUCAUGCCUAUACCCUUACAAUAGAUUAGUGGGAGGAUAUAAUAUAUCAUAUAUAUAUAUAUAUAUAAAACAAAAAAAAUAUAUGUAUGUACAUGUGACAGAGGGGGAGACAAAAGGAGGCUUUUUCCGAGCUUCGCUACGAGCUUUCGAUUUUUCACGUCAUAGUCCUGUAGGCCAUCACUCAUAUAUAUUAUGGAGUACACGUACACGUAUAUACACACGCAAACAAGAAUAUUUUGUUAUACUCGUCGAGUAUCGGUGGACGGCAAGGGAGUCCUUUGAAUUGCGAGAGGAGCGAUAAUUGGAUCUGGAACUAAUGAUUUCGAAUCUUUUUCGACCUCCAGUGGCGUGAUGGUAACAUCAGAAGAAAACAAACAAAUUGAUAAAUUAUUUCGAAAAUAAUGAAAAAUGAUGAUACGGCGCAAAGCACAUUCAGUUGUGUAAUUAUAUAGCGCGCACCAAUAAGUCUCGUGCAUAUAGUUUUUUUUUUUUUUUUUUUUUUUUUUUUUUUUUUUUUUUUUUUUU